AUGUCAGACUUUGGUGACUUAUGUUUUACUACUAUUCCACUGGAUUUAGUUAAACCAGGAGAUGAUUCUGUGUUGUGUGAUAAGUUCUGCAUUGUGGUUGAAGCAAGUUUCAUGCCUCCUGUACUUGUUGACGAUCUUGAAGAUGAUGAAUCACAGCAUCUCUACGAUGCGGACUGCUAUUGGGUGAAGAGAGAUUUCCUGGUUGAUCGUGACCAGUUAUUGCAUGACCUAGAAACAUCAACACUAACCAUCCGUAAUAUCCUUGCUGUUAUGGAUAUCCCUGUUAGGGAUUUCAUGAUAGAUCAGGUGUUGACUUGUGCUCGUCAAAUGGCAAGAAGUAUUCUGCUAUUGGAUCGGAGGGUUUUGUAUAUGAAGGUGAGAGUUGAUGUCCCACCAAGUUUUGAUGAGCCUUCGGGCGGCGGCGGUGACGAGGAAGAUGAUGAUGAUGAUGUCUUAAGCUUUGAGCCCGCCACUGCGUCGUCUAUAGAGAAAUUGGAGAUUGUGAAGGUUGAAUUAGAAGGGUCUACUAACCAGCCAUGCGCAAUGGUUGGAGAAGAGCAAAUUCUGUCCACUCUGUAG